CUGAGCCUGUCUGUUGGGAAACAGGCUCCUCCCAAGGUCCAGCACCUAUGGAAUCUAUAAAAGGUUUUCUCGCUGGAAGCUGGUCAGUCCACAGCCUAGCAGGUGGCCCGGUCCAGUUGGAAAGCUGAGUGUCUUCUGGUGGCGCCAGGGGCUGGUUAACGGUGACGACCCCGCCAUGUCCUCCCAGCAAAGCGCGGCUUUGGCCAAGGGCUAUCCCAAGGGCGCUUCCCAGGGCUCCGCCCCGGCGCCCGCCCCGGUGCCCGCCCCGGUUCCCUCUUCCUCGUCCUCCUGCUGCGGCGGCGGCUGCUGCGGCGGCGACUCCGGUGGCUGCUGCGGGGACUCCGGCUGCUGCGGGGACUCCGGCUGCUGCGGCUCGGUGUCCACCGGUUGCUGCUGCUUCCCUAGGAGGCGCCGCCGGCAGCGCAGGAGCGGGAGCGGGUGCUGCGGGGGCGGCAGCCAGAGGUCGCAGUGCUCCGGCAACACCCAGAGCCAAGGCUGCUGCGGCAGCUGCUGCGGCGGCUGCUGAGACCCCCGCCGCCCCGAAGAGCCGUGCGACAGCCACCGGCCGGCCUGCAGUCUCUGCCUCCUCCGGUCACCAAGCUCGCGCUCAGGGCUGGGCCUCCGACUUUGACCCCCAUCAAGCUAACUGCACUUGGACGUCCAGAAACCCAGCCUGUUCUCAGCCCGCAAAACUCCCUGACCCCUGUGUGAUUUUCCUGCUUGGAUGGGACACUGGACUCUACUGUCUGCAUGGGCUUGCACGUAGUAGGUGUUCAGUAAAAGCCUAUUGAUCUGAUUGCCUUUUAAAGACAUGUCAUAAUAAAGCUACCUCCUGAGAACA